AUGGCAACGGGGAGAAGAGAAGCGAUUAGACUAUACAGAGAUGUAAUGAGAACAUUGAGAGUAUUCACUCAUCCAAAUGAACAGGGUAUACCUUGGAAUGUAGUAUUAAAAGACAGCGUUAGAAAAGACUAUGAUUCACAUAAAUAUGAAACUAAUCCAGAGACAUUGGUACAACUACUGAUGGUUGGAAGAGAUUGUUUAAUGAAAAUACAAGAAGGUGUUGUAACAGGAAAGGUAUCAAAAGACCCAGAUACUCCAAGUAGUAGUAGUAGUAAUAAUAACCCUUUUACUAAAUUAUAA